AUGGAUAACAUUACAGCAAGUGAAGUAGCUGGUUUGGGGGUGGGUGCUGUGCUCCUCUCUGCCACCCUUGCUGCCACCAAAGUUGAUGCUUUCUUCUCUUCUUCUCAACGCAGCUCAUUGGGGAUGUGCAAGCGAUGUGGCAACCUGAAGCGUUUGGCUUGCUCCACAUGCAGAGGAACUGGGUCCAUCAGAGAAGGGGGAAUACUUGGUCUACAACAUUUGUUUCAAACACUUGGUAACUCUGAGUCAAAUGUUAAUCUCACAGCAUGUGUAAAAUGUCAGGCCAAAGGUUAUUCUCCUUGUCCUCUUUGUUCUCAACUCUAA